AUGCUUGAUACCUCGUGGUUCGUAUUGGCAAUGAUGAUAGGCUGUGUUGGGAACCUAGGCGCCUCUGUUGCAACAGCAGAUGUGACGGUGAUUGUGCAUAAAGUUCCUUGUAGUUUCUACCUAAUGAACAGAUUCUCGGUCCUUUCAGUAGACGCCGUAGUCGGUCUAAACGCUUCUCAAGCGGUAUCAGCUGAGAAGACAUCUGGCGCUCGUGGAAACCACUUCCUGAGUAUCAUCCAUGCCGCGAUGACUACUGCAUGUGGUAACUUCUUAGUCGAGGCGUUGCUGCAUAUCGCUAUGAUUGCCAAGUUUGUACUACAUUAUUAUGCAGCAGUACCAAUUUAG